GCUCUUGGAGAAAAAGAGAGAGAGAGAGAGAGAGGGAGAGAUGGAUUCAGUGGUGGUGAAGAGAUCAUCAUCAGCUCCUUCUAAUGGAGGAAUGAAUGACAUGAGAGGAGUGAUGAUGGUGGUAGUGAUAGUAGUGUUUGUGGGUUAUCUCUUCUUAUGGGUCAUGACUCCAACUAAUCUCUAUAGGCAGACAUGGUUGCCUAAGAUCCGAGCUGACACCAAUUCAACCUUCUUUGGAACACAAGGUACAACAAUUUUGCUAUACACGUUCCCCAUUCUCUUCAUUGCUGUCUUGGGCUGUGUGUAUCUCCACUCGGGCAAAAAAUAUGGUUCUAACAAUAUAGAAAGCAAUGGAAAAAAACAUAAACUAUCCAUAUGGAAGAGGCCAGUGAUCAUCAAAGGGCUAGGGAUUGUUUCAAGAAUAGAGCUAGCUUUCUUUGUGAUGUUCAUAGCUCUCUUGGUUUGGUCUUUCUCAACUUACUUGCGGGUCAGGUUUGCCAAGAUCACCCCACAAACAGCAGCGGACAACGGCGAGAAAGUGUGGGAAUCGAAGUUGGAAACCACAGCUCUGACGCUAGGGGUCGUGGGAAACAUAUGUCUUGCAUUUCUGUUUUUUCCGGUGAGCCGCUGCUCGGCAAUGCUACCACUCUUCGGCCUCACCUCCGAGGCCAGUGUCAAGUAUCAUAUAUGGGUUGGUCACAUUGCCAUGACUCUCUUCACUGCUCAUGGUGUUUGCUACUUCAUCUAUUGGUCUGUCACUCAUCAAUUAUCUGAGAUGCUGAAGUGGGACAAAACUGGUGUAUCAAAUGUAGCAGGGGAGAUGGCUCUGUUAUGUGGACUAGUCAUGUGGGUGACAACCUUGCCAAAAAUUAGGAAAAAGAUGUUUGAGCUCUUCUUCUACACUCACCACCUCUACAUCCUCUUCAUCUUCUUCUUCAUACUCCAUGUUGGCAUCUCUUACUCUUGCAUGAUGCUCCCUGGUCUUUACCUCUUCUUCAUCGAUCGCUUCUUGCGAUUCUUGCAAUCGCGAAGAGGGGUACGUUUAGUUUCUGCUCGAGUUUUGCCAUGCGAAACUCUAGAGCUCAACUUCUCCAAGAGCCGAGGCUUGAGUUAUACUCCAACAAGCAUUGUGUUCAUAAAUGUGCCUAGCAUUUCCAAGUUGCAGUGGCAUCCUUUUACAAUUAGUUCAAGCAGUAAUUUGGAGAGUGAGAAGCUUAGUGUAAUAAUCAGAGGUGAAGGAAGUUGGUCUAGGAAGCUUUACCAAAUGGUUUCAUCACCUUCUUCUUCUCUCGAUCACCUUGAUGUCUCCGUUGAAGGACCUUAUGGACCUUUCUCAACUGAUUUCCUAAGGCAUGACACACUAGUGAUGGUGAGUGGAGGCAGUGGCAUCACCCCAUUCAUCUCAGUCAUCAGAGAGCUCAUCUUCACGUGCGAAACACUCAAACUCAAGACUCCAAAGCUUCUUCUCAUCACUUCAUUCAAAAACUCCUCAGACCUCACCAUGCUAGACCUCCUCCUCCCCAUCUCCGGCACGCCAUCCAAAUACUCCAACUUCAAUCUCCAAAUUGAUGCCUACGUGACACGAGAGAAAGAAGCGACUAGGAUGAACCAAAAGCUCGUCCGAACAGUAUGGUUCAAGCCUAGAGCCUCAGAUUCACCUAUCUCUCCAAUUCUUGGCCAAAACAGUUGGAUUUGGCUCGGUGUUAUUGUGUCCUCUUCAUUCAUCAUGUUCCUCCUCUUGAUGGGUGUUUUGACCCGGUAUUACAUAUACCCGAUUGAUCAUAACACCAAUAAAGUGUAUUCAUACUCAUCAAGAGCUCUUUUGAACAUGUUGCUCAUAUGCAUCUGCAUAGCUAUCACUGCUAGUGCAGCUUUUUACUGGAACAAGAAACAAGGUAUUGGGGAGACAAACCAAGUUCAGAGCAUGGAAGGGGCGACACCGGUGGCAUCACCGAAUUCGUGGUUCUAUAAUGCGGAUAGAGAAUUGGAAAGCCUGCCACAAGAGUCAGUUUUUCAAUCUACGAAAGUGCAUUAUGGCGAAAGGCCUGACCUAAAGAGAAUAUUGUUCGAGCGCAAAGAAUCAAGCGUCGGAGUGCUUGUUUGCGGCCCCAAGAAGAUGAGACAUGAGGUUGCAAGCAUAUGUUCGUCAGGCUUGGCAGAUAACCUGCAUUUUGAGUCCAUCAGCUUCAGUUGGUAAGUUUACUCAUGUGCAAAGCAGGGUUGUAGUACUUGAGAGUGAAAUUUAAGAGUUUGGACCCAAAAAAACUGUUUUGUUGCAUUGUUGUUUGCCUUUUUUUUUUUUCUUCUUUUUCUUCAAUUGUGAGUUUGAAAUGUAAGUGUAAAGAGGAAGCCAACUCUUCCUUUCUUUGAAUAUGGAACAUAAAUAACAGGCUUCUGUAGAAAAUUUCAAGGAAAAGCUUCAUUUAAAUUACAGCUAA